GUUACGCUACGUAGAGCUGCGGAGAUUGUUACAUACGUAAACAAAUAAAAUAAUCUCUGGCGUCAUCGCGUCAGUUUAAAUGAGGAAGUGAACAGUCUGUCAGUCGCUACAGACAAUGCUGGACUGGGAGUCACUCGGAAAUAAAGCCACUUCACAUGGGAUGCCUCCGUCUCUUCUUGCCUAUUUCUGAUCACAUCACUUCACACUUGGCCCUCCAGAUCAGAGAUGGCUCUUUUGAAUGUAAAUCUACAGUGGGCAUCCUGCCCAACAUCUCUAUGAGAUUCACUUGGCAGCUUUAUUAACGCACUGUGUUUCACGCACAUUUAUACCAAAAUGGCACCAGUCCCACCUGGCAUCCGCUUCUUGACAUCCUUUAAUAAAGACCAGUGGUACAGGGCCUUCACAUUUGCUCUCACCUUCCUGCUCUACACUAGCUUCCAUCUAUCCAGGAAGCCCAUCAGCAUUAUCAAGAGUGAACUGCAUAAGAAUUGCUCUCAUGUCACGGAGCUGUCGACAGAUAGCAGUCAGCAGCCUGGACUUCACCCAGAUCUAGACUGCAGCUGGAAACCUUUCGAUGGAAGUAACUAUAAGCAGUUACUUGGGGCAAUGGAUUACUCUUUCCUGUUUGCUUAUGCUAUAGGCAUGUAUCUCAGUGGAAUAAUUGGAGAGCGUUUGCCCAUUCGUCUGUACCUGACUGUGGGCAUGUUGACCAGUGGAUUUUUCACCUGUUUGUUUGGACUGGGAUAUGUCUAUGACAUCCAUAACCUUGGAUUCUAUAUAUUUGUUCAGGUGGCCAAUGGUUUAGUUCAGACCACUGGUUGGCCUAGCGUCGUGACUUGCAUCGGUAAUUGGUUUGGCAAGGGAAGGAGAGGCCUCAUUAUGGGUCUGUGGAACUCUCACACAUCAGUGGGCAACAUUCUGGGCUCUUUGAUCGCUGGAUAUUAUGUCUCAUCUAACUGGGGUCUGUCUUUCAUCGUCCCUGGCAUUAUCAUCGCUGCCAUGGGGGUCAUCUGCUUCUUCUUUCUAAUAGAGCACCCUAAUGAUCUGAAGACUGCCAGUUCCCAGAGCUCAGCUCCAAGUAAUCAGAAAGUAAAUAAAAGCUGGAGUGGUUUCAAUGGACAUAAAGACCAUAUGUACUUGCAGUACAAGCAAGGAAAUAAAACGCAGAGCUGGGAUACUGAGCUUCUCCUGGGGCAGGAGAGCAUUGGGGUGUGUGUCCCUGUGCAGCAGGUGGUGGUGGUGAAGAGUGAGGCAGAACCAUCAGCAAUCAGCUUCAUGGGAGCUUUACGCAUUCCUGGAGUGGUGGAGUUCUCUCUUUGUCUGCUCUUUGCCAAGUUGGUCAGUUAUACCUUCCUUUUCUGGCUCCCGCUGUACAUCACUAAAGCAGCUCACCUAGAUGCCAAGAAAGCUGGAGAACUUUCAACUCUGUUUGAUGUGGGAGGCAUUGUUGGAGGUGUCCUGGCUGGAGUGAUCUCUGAUAAGAUGGGAAAGAGGGCAACCACUUGUGCUGUGAUGCUUCUACUGGCUGCACCCACGCUCUAUGGUUUCUCGAUGAUGAGGCAUUUUGGCAUGGGGCCCACUGUCGGCAUGCUGCUGGUAUGUGGUGGUUUAGUCAAUGGACCAUAUGCUCUUAUUACAACAGCUGUGUCUGCUGAUCUGGGCACACACAAGAGUCUGAAGGGCAAUGCCAGGGCUCUCUCUACAGUAACUGCUAUUAUAGAUGGCACUGGAUCAGUUGGUGCUGCUGUGGGACCUUUGCUGGCAGGGCUGUUGUCAUCACGAGGAUGGAAUCAAGUCUUUUACAUGCUCAUGACCGCAGACUUUUUUGCACUGCUGCUUUUGCUGAGACUUGUGAUGAAGGAGCUUUGCUCUCAUAAGAACCGGCCAGGAGUUGCUGUGGAGCUGAAGGAACAUUGAGUACUUUGCAUGAACUGAGAGAGAGAAACCGUUAGGGGCAGCAUUCAAGAUCACUGAAGUUCUUCUCUCACUAGUUCAAUUACCUGACCACUUCCUACCCUGGACCACAACUUGAGUUUGGACCAAAACUUGACUAAAACCUGUGUUUAGUACACAAACUUCUGUUCUAGAAUCGACAAUACAAAGACACUUUAUUUAUUUAUUCAGAUGAGUAAAUAUAUAUAUAUAUAUAUAUAUAUGCUGACCGCACAACAGCUUUGAAGAAAUGUUAUUUUCUAAUCCUAUUAUGUUUUUCUCAUGAGUCCUGUGGUUGUUGUCUGAACCUGCAAGCUCUACUUGCUUGUGUCCUUUUGAAGGUUGUACUCAAACAACUGAAAAUGACUUUGAGAUCAAGCUUAAAAAUGUCUCCAGUUGAGGAAUGCUCACUUGCACAACCAAAAGUAGCCUCCCUUUGCUUUUAACAAGGGGAAUCUUAAAUGAAGUGUAAAUUCUACUCCUAGACAUAGAACCACUGCCAGGCUUAUAGUGCCUUAUUUAUGAAGCACAAGGAACAAAAUUCUUUGUAAAUCAUUCAUCAAUCCAUUCUUGCAUAAACUGUUGAAUGCAACAUUUGCGCAAGGAUGGUUUUCUAAACAGUUAGCAUGCAAACUCGCUCUGCUGGCAUUUCAUGAAUAAGGCCCAUUGAACAUGUAUAGUCUGUUUAUUUGUUUUGUAUAUAUGCUGAAUUUGAAAUGGUAAUAUAUUUUCAUCUGCCUUUCUAUGAACCAAAGCCAAUCCCAUUUGUUGUUUAAGAGUUAAAUUUGUCUUCUGUUUGGACCAGUUCCUGUGUCUUAAAGUGUGGUGAUAUGAAAUGUUUUAUCCUGUGUUUGAGGAUCCAUAUGGGGUGUCCAACAUGUAAUUGUUCACUUUAUUUUCUUUUAUUUAAUUCUAUAUUUAUUUAUUUUUGUUAUCAGAGUUUUUCUCUGUUGGCCUGUGACUUGAAUAAUGUGAAAUCGUUUUGAUUGUUCAUGAAGGAAAUUUAGUAAUACAUUUUAUCUUAAUUUCAGCACUCUGCUAAUGCACGUUAUAUAUUCACAUUCAGAAUUCAGACCGUUCAAUAUUAAUAAUGGAGGACAAAUAAACUAUUUUUGUCUGUUACCCAAUUAUUUCUUGAUUUGUUGUUGCUGUAGGGUACAGUAUUAGGAGACUUUUAAAAGCUUUUAGUCUUUCUCAGCUUGGUUGUUAGCCUCAAAUCUGGUUAACCUCAAACUCUAUUUUUAACGAUAGAAAUCUGUGUGAGUAAACCAAAAAAGCCUCUUGACCGUAAUUUUAGGAUCCACACCUGUAUUUUUGAAUGCUCAGAUCAUGGACCAUGUUGCUCUUAUUAAGCUAGACUUCUUACAUAAUCAUAGGUUUAGCACAGAUGCAUUUGUCCUUAUAGGAUACUGCACUCUAGAUAAUAAAAUGUAUCUAUAAUUUAUGGCUAAUGAGAUAAAAAAAAAAAAAAUACUUUGUGCCUUUUUUCUAUUUGCUUUCUUGUUUAGGGAUAUGCCAUUGGAGUGUUCAUUCUUAAAUUAUCAUCAGCUGCUUUACAGAAUUUUGGGAAUUCUGUAUUGUGUGUGUAUAAAGAGGACCUUUUUAAUAAAGCAAACACAAA